UCUACGCUCGGGGGAGCUUAAGUUGUUGUAAUAUUCAAUCGCCCAACUGCUAAUCAAAUUUAUUCUGAAUUGAUAUUAUCAUGCAAAAAAGAGUAACUCUGUACCUAAACUCAUAAUUCAAAAAUAAUUCUUAGGGGUGAUAAGUUCUAUUAAGACUGCAUCGUUGAAUGUUCUUCAGUAACGACACAAGAACUCGGUACUAGCUGAUCCCUGAAAGUCACAACACAGCAAGUCAACAGAAGUGGCUCUGGAGAUAGUGGGAGACGGAGACUGUGUCUAUUACGUUGUCUGAAAUGGUGUUUACUGUGUUGAAGUAAAGUAGUGAGCACCUGGUGUACACUGAAGGAUGCUGGGAACGCUGGUGACUGCUGUCCCCCUGGUGGUGACCUUGGCAGCUGCCAUCUACUUCAUCCGUCGCAGUUUGCAGCAGUGUGGCGCGAUAGGAGACGGGUUUGCUGAGACGAGGGGCGAGUGGCACGCACAGCCAGACUCAGGAUAUCACUCAGGUAACAACCAGACUGGCCGAGCUCGGGCGACAUGUCGCCGUCGUCGCCACCCAGAUGACCCAGGUGAUGGUGACAGCCGGUAUGGGAAAAGAGCGAACUUGUCUGACACCCGAGGUGGGGGGGACCAAGACGCCAACAAUGAGUGUGCUGUUUGUUUCGAAAAUGAAGGCAACAUAGAGUUGUCUCCCUGCUCCCACACCAACGUGUGUAUAGAUUGUGUGAACAAGAUCAUCACAGACCUGGACCGAAGCUGCCCCUUCUGCAGGAGCUACAUCCAGGCAUACGCAGUCGUUGUCGACAGGAGAACCCCAUCUGCAACAUGAACCAUCGUCAUCUGAUCAUCAUAAUGUUGACACCUUUUUCUCAACCUGACAAGAUGGCAAACCAUUGAAAGUGAUUUUCGGACUAUUUAUUUCACCAAAAAAUGUUAGCUUUGUGAGAUUGAGGGGGUCAAAAUUGACUUUGAACAUGAAUUAAUAACUUAUCCUGAAGAAAUGUCCUUGUAAAGUGAUGAAGAUGAACUCCAAGAUGAUGCCGAGGGCAUGGAUGGUCCAGUUGUUUAAAGCGCUGCGAUCUGCUGUGCAGAGUUGCGUCCCUCGAAAGCUAUGAUUGUGGGUUCGAAUCUCGGUUCACCCCGAUUAUGUUUCUAGGUUUGUCAGCACCAUACCCGUGCUCGUGGGUUUCACUGAAGUGGUAAAAGUCUAAGCUCUGCAUCACAGCAGACAGCAGACUUUCCUCCCACCUUUAGCUGACAGGCCAUGACAUAACUGGAAUUCUGUUAAAAGCAGCGUUAAACCCAACUCACUCACUCACUCACUCAAGAUGAGGCCAGCCUGUUGAUGGUGGACGGGAUUGCUUCAUCAGCUGGUGUACAGUAUUUU